UCCUCUGCCUCCAAGUCGCGUAUGUAACUUGAGAUUCAAGAUUCCUUUUUUAUUCUUCAACAUUCAAAUAUGGUUUCUGUUUAGAGUAAAAAGUCUUAUUGAUUCCUUCAAAUCUAAUUCUGCUUUUAAGGAAAGUAUUAUCAAAAUUCUCCUAUAAAUACAUAGGUUUCGGAGCUUCCGAAAUACCACAAACAAUUCAUCCUAAAUCAAACACAAGGAAACACAAACACUCCUACAUAUCAACCAUGAUGAACAACAACAACAACAAUCUGAAGAUGAGUUUGGCACAAGAAAGUGGCAAUCGUACUACUAACAUCGUUAUUACAGAGACGAGGAAUAACAAGAAGGUAAAGAGGAAGGCAUCCAUGGACGUGGACAAGUGCGCGGAAGCUUUCAUCACAAACUUCAGAAAGCAGCUUCUUCUCCAGCGUCUCGAAUCCAUCGAAAACAUGCUCUCCCGUGGCCUAUAAUACCUUUUAUCAAUAAACUUGUAUGUAUGUAUUAGUCCUCAACUCCUAGUAUGCAUAUUGCUAGUUGGUAACAAAAAUUUGAUGUCAUUUUUUUUAGUUUAACUGUCUGCUGUAAUUCGGGUAACUCGAUAAAUCUAAAGCAAAAAUAAGAGAGCAUUCUAAUUGA